AUUUGCUUACUCUUGAGCUUCGUUGGUCCCUUUUCAAAAACCCUCAGGUUGCCCACUGGUGUAAAUGGUGGCUUCUGGAAACGUGAAUAUUCCAGAGAUGCAGACGGUCUUUCCCCUCCUAUGUGGAAUGGAACAGUGUUUAAGCCACCAGAUUGUGCUGCAAAUGCAACUUGUCCCUAUGGGCUCAUGAACUACUUCCAGAUCAUGGAGAUGGAGUCUUUUUGGGGACCACUCAUCACUGCAGGAAUUUUUGCUGCCACUCUGAGCUCUGCACUCGCCAGUCUUGUUAGCGCUCCCAAAGUAUUCCAGGCUGUGUGUAAAGAUAGGUUGUUCCCAAAAAUUGGAUAUUUCGCCAAAGGUUACGGGAAGAAUGAAGAACCAAGGAGAGCUUACGCUCUGACAUUCAUUAUAGCCAUGGCCAUGAUAGGAAUAGGUGACCUCAACGCUAUUGCUCCUAUUAUUUCCAAUUUUUUCUUAGCAUCAUAUGCCCUUAUAAAUUACGCGUGCUUUGAUGCAUCGUUUGCUGACUCUCCAGGUUUUCGACCUGGUUUCAAGUAUUACAACAUGUGGGUAUCCCUUGGAGGAGCUCUACUUUGCAUUGUGGUGAUGUUUAUUAUCAGCUGGGCUACAGCUCUGAUCACAUUCUUCUGCUUCGCUGCCUUGUUCAUGUACAUAUUGCAUCGGAAGCCAGAUGUCAACUGGGGAUCCUCUACUCAAGCACACAGUUAUAAGAAUGCUCUAUCGGGUAUGAUCAAGUUGUCUAAUACGGAGGAGCAUGUGAAAAACUACAGACCUCAAAUGUUGGUACUAUGUGGAAAUGCCGCAUCAAGACCGUCCCUUGUUGACUUUGCUAACAAUAUCACAAAAGGAACGUCAUUGAUGAUUUGUGGAUAUGUGGUGCCGUACGAUCCGUCAGAUCGAGUCUAUUCUGUGAUGCGAAAGUUAGAGAGGCAGCUGACUGAAUGGUUGAGGAAACGACGUGUCAAGGCGUUUUACGCUUCAGUUGCAAAUGCCAGCCUUCGAGCCGGAUCGCAAUCUCUCUUACAGGUCUGCGGUCUCGGGAAACUCCGUCCGAAUAUCAUUUUGAUUGGCUUUAAGACAAACUGGAACCGAGGAGGGCCAACCACACUCGCUCUGAACGAACUUAAUGAGUACUUUGGGACAAUCCAGGAUGCAUUUGAUAACAACAUGGCAGUGUGUGUACUACGAAAUAGCGAGAUGGGGCUAGAUUUUAGUGAAGCCAUGAGACUUCUGAAUGUCGGAGAGACUAAACGACUUGACAUUAAUCUCGAUGAAAAGGAGAUGGAGAAGGAAGGGUACGACGAGAAUGUUGAGUCCGGAGCAGAAGACGCAGAAGAGGGCGAAAAGCAGGACACGAAGGAAGUCGAAGAUGAUCCUGAACUGGGCACACCUCAACAUAACGAUGACUCCAAGAAGAUUUCUCACACGUUCUCUCUCAGAAGACGAAGCACUCGUCGUCCAACCACGGAGCAAAAGGCUUUAAUCGCUUCAAUUUCCCGUUUCCAAAGGAAAAUCAAGAAGGGAGCCAUUGAUGUGUGGUGGCUUUAUGAUGAUGGUGGACUAACGCUUUUGAUUCCUCAUCUCUUAACUAUUCCGAAAAGUUACUUGGAGGGUGCGAAACUGCGGGUAUUCACAAUCUCGACAAGCUCACGAACAAUGGAACAAGAACAGCGAAGUAUGGCAGCCCUAUUAUCGAAGUUCCGGAUUAGUUUCAGUGAUGUAUCCGUCAUUUCCGACAUUGGCCGAAAGCCUCGACCGGAGACUAUGAUGGUCUGGGAGAGUAUGAUUGCGCCAUUUAUCCACGAUGAUGAACGAGACUGUCCCACUGGUAUGACCACUAAAACCGAGUUGGAGGCGCUCAAGCAGAAAACAUGUCGACAGUUACGCACCGCUGAACUUCUUCAUGACCAUUCUAUGGAUGCAGACCUUGUUGUCAUUACCUUACCCGUACCCCGUAAAGGUAUGGUAAGUGCGGCGCUGUAUCUGUCCUGGCUGGACAUGAUGACCCGACGUCUUCCACCCACCCUACUGGUUCGUGGAAAUCAAACCUCUGUUUUGACAUUCUACUCAUAG